AGAACUUCAGUGAGAAAUGGAGUUGGUUUUCACUUCCUGUGCUCACCGAGCCUUUGUCUCCGCUGGACGCAGCUGAAGGCGCACCUGAGGGGUGAAGGCACGGCGGGGCGGCGGGGACACCCCGCUCCCAGCAGCAGCUUCAGCGGAGAGCGCCCAGGAAAGGAUUGAAGUCCUAAGACAGUGAGAAUCGGGGCGCCAAGAUGUCCAGAAGGAGCCCGGGUCCAUGGUUUGUACCCUGGGUCUGCUUGUUGCUGGUGUUGGACUUGAGCGAAGGGCAGAAGGAAAAACCCUUCGGUGAAAUGUGCCUGGAGGACUUCACGGCUGGGCUGCCGGAUUGGGUGCUGGACACAGACGCCUCCGUCCAGAAUGGAGCCACCUUCUUGUCGUCCCCCAUGGUGCAUCGGAGCAGGGAUUGCAUGAGAGCCUGCUGUAAGGACCCCGCUUGUAACCUGGCUCUCGUGGAGCAGGGCCCGGGCUCGGAGGAGGACCGCAUCCAGGGCUGCUUUCUCCUCAACUGCCUCUAUGAGAAGGCUUUCGUUUGCAGGUUUGCCAGGAAGAUCGGCUUUCUCAACUUCUUGAAGAAGGACGUGUAUGAUUCCUACCUGGCAAUGCAGAAUCACAGACCUAGUGAUGACCACCCUCCAAUAGCCCGUGCUGUCAAGGACAUGAGGGUACAGCCAGGGGAGCCAGUGAUGCUGAGAGGCACAGAGAGCACGGAUGACCAUGGGAUAGUCAGCUAUGAAUGGAAACAGAUCCUUGGCGACCCCUCUGUGGAGAUGAAGAAGCACGAAGAAGAUCAGGUAGAAAUCUCCAACCUCCAGGUGGGGACUUAUGUCUUCCAGCUCACUGUCACAGACACUGCACAACAGCAAGACUUCACCAACAUCACCAUCGUGGUGUUGAGCUCUGAGCAGACAGAAGAGCAUUGCUUGACUCCAAAGAAGGUGGGUUGGUGUCGGGGAUCUUUUCCACGCUGGUUUUACAACCCGAGCCUUCAGCAGUGUGAGGAGUUCAUUUUUGGUGGCUGCAAGCCCAACAAGAAUAACUACUUACGGGAAGAGGAGUGUGAACUUGCCUGCAAGAAUGUCAGAGGUUCUGUUGGUGGGCGACAACAGCCAGUAUGCAAUGGGAACUGUCAGGCCCCCUUCUUCAGAUGCAAGGAUGGUUGCUGCAUCGAUGCCUAUCUGGAGUGCGAUGAAACUCCCGACUGUGCUGAUGAAUCGGAUGAGAUGUACUGUGAGCAAUAUGCUCGUGAGUUCAAUAGACUGCAGAAAAUCAACGUCACACAUAAGCAAGGCCACUGUGUGGACUUGCCUGAUACUGGACAGUGCACCGAGAGCAUCUCCCGCUGGUACUAUAACCCAUUCCUGGAGAAAUGUGACCCCUUCACCUACGGGGGCUGUGGUGGCAACAGCAACAACUUUGAACAAGAGGAAGAGUGCAUGAAAUCAUGUUCAGGCAUCACAAAAGCAGAUGUCAUUGGUCGAAGAUGGGAAUCAUUUGAGUCCCAAACUGCUAUGUUAAGUGCCUUUGAGGUAGUGAUUGCUGUGCUCCUCGGGAUCUGCAUCAUGGUGGUCCUGGUGUUCAUUGGCUACUUCUUCCUGAAGAAAAGGAAGAAGAGCAGCCACCGCCGUCAGCCUCCCACUGCUACCAACUCAACCCUCUCUACCACAGAGGACACUGAGCAUCUGUUCUACAGCAGUGCCACCAAACCAGUCUGACCUACAGCCUCGCUCUCCAGUUCAGCACUGGGGCACUCCCCAAAAUUUCUGGAGUUCUGUUUUUAGACACAGGUCUGUGCCUGAAGGACUCAUUCUCUGUGAAGACAUUUGGAGCAUCAGGCCAAGAUUUAACUGUGAUUUGGGAGUACUAGUAUUUGUGAUUGUCUAGGCUAAAUGGCUGCUCUGGAAAGCGAGGGACUGGGAGCAUUCUGUUGCUCUCUGACAUCCAUCCAUUCCUAACCUCAAACAAUCCAGUGAAACUUUGAAUUACGUCUUUCUUCCUGCUCAAAUCUGGGGCACAACUUUGCUCAACUUCCUGAAGGAACCUGGAACUGGAUCUGUGUAGCAUUCAUGCUGGUGAAUGGUGCAAGCUCACCAGAGCCAGCAAUUUGUUUUCAGUGUCACUUUCUGCCACUUAACCUUGUAUUUUCCUCCCCUUCUGCAAGGUGCCCUGCCUUUCAGCAGUCUGCCUGGUCGUGGUGCAUCCCUUGAGGUCUGUGGGAUUCCCAUAAUCAUUCAGACCUGAUCCAAGGGCUCUCUGACACUGUCCGGCAGUUCCUGUUUUCAGCAUGGACAGAAACAGAAACACCUGCCUAAGUCACUAGGCUUUGUUUUUUAACAGAAAAGCACAUCUAGACUUUUUGCUGGCUGGCUGCUGUGUUUCAAUCUCCUGUGUACAGUACGUGUUCACCAUUUUUCUCUCUGUGAGUUGCCCUGGUUCCUUUCCCAGUAUUCAGUCUGAACCCAAACACAUUGAGAAAAUAUCUAUUUAUUCUCACAUGAAGUAAACGUCCUUACUUUUCCUGCUGAUUGUGCAGGAAAGCUGCAGCUCUGAUUUCACUGCAUGUUCCUCUGAGCACACUGCCUGACCUGAGUACGUGGCAUCUCCCAGAGCACAGGAGUGGGCUGGAUGCCACCAGCUAAUAUCUGCAGGCUUCCUUGCUCCUGCUGGCUCGUCCCUCCUGAUGCGAGAUGAGCCCAGCCCAGCUCUGGGAGGUCCAAAGUUCAUCUCUGACCCCAAGGCAGCAUGUGAAAUCCCCACUUUGCCAAUGUCCUGUUCCCAGUCCUGGUCCUAUAUGUUCCCCUGUAGCCCCUUUGCAAUGAGAUGCUUCUGAGCUCUGUCCUGCAUCUGUUGGUCUGGGCUUGUACCUCAGUGAGCUGAGGAUUUCUGUUGAGGCAGAAGAAGCUAUUUGUGAAGGGCCUGAUGUGCUGUCAGCUGUGGGGCUGGCACCAAUCCCUAAACUUCCAGUACCUGCUGCUCUUGAAAAACUGCUGUGAAGAGAGAGGAAACUGGUGCAUGUGUGUCUCUGUGUGUGUGUGUGUUUGUGUGUGUGUGUGUGUGUAAGAAGCAUAAAUCUAUGUACAGACUUCAGUUAAAAUGCUUGUGACUCUUUCAGGGCCAAGGGCACAGUGGUUCUGGAGUGCUCUGGUGAAGCCAUUCCCAGCUCAGGACAUUGCUCAGGUCCUCCCAAGUGCAGUGGCAGGAGAGCUGCCUCCCUGGGCUGAUGCCUGGGCUGAAAGGAAAGAAGUCUGCUGCCCAGAGUCUGCUGACAUGCUGACUGUAUGCCUCUCCCCAUUACAGGCAUCUGCCUCAGCGUUCCUGGGUCAGAUUCCUCCUUUUUGUGACCUGUCUCAUAUCAUUUCUUCCAUCUCUUUGUUUUUCCCACAGCCUAUCAUGACCUAUGCAAGAAACCUAAUGUCUUGAUUUUUUUUUUUUUUUUUUUUGGUGUGUGUUCUCACUCUGAUAAUAAAGAGAUGUUUGUCUUA